AUUGCAUUUGUAAGUAGCUUAAAGCCUCUGCUAAAUGACUAAAUGUAAUGGCAACAAUUAACGACGUUCAUAAGAGACUCAUUUCAUGCUGUAGAAACUGUGUUGUUUAGAGGGAAUUGAAGGCUUCCUAUCGGGAAAAAAAUAUUAUACCGACUGUAAUAUAUUCCUUGUUUUGAUGUGAAGUAAACUGAGUCAAAAGUGAGCACACAUGCGAGGCGCGAGCGGCAAUCGACGCCGAAAACCCCGCCAACCGCCACCACAACGGUCGAAAUAUGACGUCAUACCCUGUUGCGUCUUUUUAAAAACAAUUCAAAUAAUAUAAUCCAUCCUAAAUGUAAAAAUAUGCAAAUUUUCUUGGCUGCAACCCUGCAGAUUUUAAGUUUGUAGUUUUAAUUACGCUAAGCGUUCAGGCUGUGACGUAUCAGGCAGAGUUCACCAAACUGAGCUUUGGAAAGAGGUCAAAUUCACGUGACGAGCUUGCGUUUACCGUGUCCAGAACGGAAAGUGAACCGUUACCGCCCCUUUAGUGUUCCAGGUUGGUUGUUAAAAUGACGCUGUUUCUGAACGCUUGUGUUUUUUUAUUCAAAGUCCUCACCCUACCGCUGUACCUCGCAGAGUUGGUUGGACUGUUGUCUUUCUACAAACGCGUCUUUCCUCGGUUCUUAUAUAAUUUCACGUUAGCGUACAAUGAAACGAUGAAGGAAAAGAAAAGGGAACUAUUUCGAAACUUGGACAAAUUCUUCCCCCCGAAAGGCUCUCUGCGCAUCCUGGAGCUGGGCUGCGGAUCCGGGGCGAACUUUGAGCACUACCCGACGGGCUGCAGGAUCACAUGCAUCGACCCCAACCCGCAUUUCCAGAAGUACCUGGAGAAAAGUAUGGCGAAGAACGAUCACCUCGUUUAUGGCAGCUUCAUUGUGGCGUCGGGGGAGAACCUGAAGGCGGUGGAGGACAACUCAGUGGAUGUUGUGGUGUGCACGCUGGUUCUGUGCUCAGUCAAGGAUACGCAGAAGGUUCUGCAAGAAGCAAAGAGAGUUCUGAGGCCUGGUGGAGCAUUAUUCUUCCUUGAACACGUGGUGUCUGACCCCUCAAGCUGGAUUUACUUUUAACAUGUUUUUCAGCCUCUCUGGUACUAUAUUAACGAUGGCUGUGAUACAACCCGCGCUACUUGGAAGCACCUUGAGGCAGCUGGCUUCUCUGACCUUCAGCUAUGCCACAUCCAAGCUCCUUUAUUUUUUAUGCUCAAACCACACAUUGUUGGUUAUGCGGUCAAAUGAUGAAUAUGAAUUUUGCAGAAAGAAACACCUUCUAAAGGCUUUUUCAAGCAUUUUUUCUUUCAGUAAGCCUGAUUCAUUUCACUAUGGACUUUUAAAUGUUUGUAUGAAAGAGCAAUUUGUAUUGAAUCUAUAAAAUACAAAGUUUUUGUUUAAUGUAAAAAGACAAUCUCAAGACUGCAUCUCACAUUUUAUAUGACUAACUUGUUGCAUGAGUAUCCUGUCUGUGAAACACAGCACUAUUAAAUACAAAAAUAUCAGCAGGUAGAACGGUAAAAUAUUUUCAUCUAUAUAAAUCAGGCUUUUGGAAAUUAAUACAGGCCAGCAUUUGUGAGUUUAUGGUUAAUGCAUGAGAGCAAUACUGCCAUCUAGUGGUUGGGAGGAAUGAUGUCAUACAAAGUAACACUUUUAAAAGAAAUGAAGCAUACCAUAUUACUUUUUCCUUCCUACUUCCAUACUUGUUAUAAUACGAUGGCAUUAGCUAAAUACUCAAAAAGACCAUCUUGCAUUCUCCAACUUUAAAUUUUGAAACGCUUCCUUUCCAACAUAUGUAUAGCUGAUUAAUUGAACUACUUUUUCACUACAAAAAUUUAUUUGACUUUGAUUGUAUUGUUUUCGUACUUUUCCUAAGCCUGGAAAUA